GUGAUGCCUUGAGCAGAAGCCUCUGGGAGCGCCUGGGAGAGCUGUGACCGAAAGCUGUCACCAUGGCGGACCAAUUCGAGGUCACAAACCUGAACAUGAAAUCGGGGAUGGCCCUGAAGAUUAAAGGCAAGAUCCAAACAAAUGUUGACCGAUUCACCAUUAACCUGGGCCAGGGGAAAGACACGCUGAACCUGCAUUUUAACCCUCGCUUCAACGAGUCCACCAUCGUCUGCAACAGCUUGGACGGCAGCAGCUGGGGACAGGAGCAACGAGACAAUCACAUGUGCUUCAGUCCAGGGGCAGAGGUCAAGUUCACUGUGGCCUUCCAGGAUAAAGAGUUCAAGGUGACGCUGCCUGAUGGACACGUGCUGACCUUCCCCAACAGGCUGGGCCACAACCACCUGCCCUACCUAAGCAUGGACGGGCUCCACAUCUCCUCCUUCAAGCUUGAGUGAGCAUCUUCUCAGGAGGCCUUAGCCCCAGGGACCAGCCCUCCCUCCCUGCCCGCCCCCCCCUUACUUGCAGCUUCUGCCCUCCUGACAAACCCCACCCCCAAGGUCAAGGUCAAAUAAAAGAAUCCACAUUUAUUAUUUCCA